AUGCCGGACACGAUCGCUGAUCUGAAGCUCACAACGACCAUGAAUGAGAAGAAGCAAUCAGAGCAAGCACGGAUAUUGGAAGAUGGGUUAGCAGUUGUUACAUCUCAUGUUGACUCUCUUUCACAGAUUGGUGCCAAAGUUUCUGGCGUACUCUCUGUGUACACAACUUCCAUGAGACGCUCUGUCAAGAGAUUAUUGUCUUUGAUGCGAGACAUCAAGGCGCUCUUUGUUCUCUUGGCCGCCUAUUCUAGGGACAUUCUGGAGGCUGUUGGUGAGAAUACCCGUGCAUUACUCAACAUAGCCUCCCAGAUGAAGCGAAUUGUCCGUGCUAUCGAGGCCAUCCCACUCCAUCUUACCCUUGACAUUGUUCGAUUAGAUGAUGCCCUAGUCUACACGAAGGAUCGGCCAGGUGCGAAUCGAAUUAGUAGGGGGCAAUAUGCCCUCACUAUGGCAAAUGGUGGAACGGAGCUCGGAGCCCUCAACUGGGAGAGAGUCAUCAAACCAGGACUUCACAUCGAGCAGGCGAUGAUAUUCCACAUGCGGGCGGUGGCAAACAAGUUGCCAGGCACGUUUUACUCGUCAGGUCUGGAGUUGCCUUCGAUGCAGCCAGAUGAAGACUUGAAGCACUUCCGUCGAGUCCAAAUACGCAAAUCUUCGGAGCCAAUUCGGGAUAUCAAUACUGCUAAGGCGAUAUUGAGCACAGACUCUAUGAAUCCGACCGCUAAUACUUUUCUUGCCCUUCGACUACUUCAGGAUGCACAAGACUCUGGAAAUACGGCGUUACUUGAAACGGCCAUAAGACAUUUGGAAGUUGCUAUCCCGUCAGACAGCACGGCGGUUGACGCUUGGUAUCUUCUCGGAGAGAUAUAUAUGGUCCUGCAGGAAUAUGGAAAAGCCCACGAAGCAUUUCAACAAGCCGUGUACAGGAGCAGCCCACAGUCCCCGCAAAUUUGGAUAUCGGUUGCCACCCUGUUCUUUCGUGUCCAGCAAUACCGCGACUCACUUGACGCUCUUUCUCGCGCUACACGGUUGAACCCGAGCCUUUACCUGGCAUGGUAUAAUGCAGGCGUCGUGUAUGAUGUGAAUAAUCAGGCCCAAGAUGCUUACGAGGCCUUUCAGAUAUGUCUAGAAGUGAAUCCGCAUUUACCAGAUGUCCAGGCGCGGCUUGACGUGUUGGCUGGGUUUCAAAACGAUGAAAAAAAUGUACCCGAUGAUCAUAAAAUUACAAAUAUAUUACAGUGCGACGUAAUGGCGACGGUCGAUGAACCAGGCCAUGUUGGCGUUUCUGAAAUUGUUUAA